AUGCGGUACUGUGUUACAGUGGGUCGAGGUAUGGAACCGUUUGUAAAGAAACAACUGGAACAAAUUCGGGAUGUGAAAAUUGAUGAAACUAUUAUGGAAGGUAAAAUUCUAUUUGAUGCAAGUAACUCUAAUAACCUGUACAGUUUGCGGUGUGCCGAAAGAUUGUUUUUAGUUUCAGCUUACGAAACGAUUGAUCGCAUCUGGAGCAAACGACAGCUGUUCGACAAGCUAUUUACCUUAUGUGAUGGGAAUUCCUUAUUGAAUUCUACUUGUGAAACGGCUUUCAAUUGUUUGCUUCAUUGUGGAGGGCCGACACCCAGUAGAACUUUUCGUGUAUCGCUCAAAGCAACUGGAAAAUGGCGUCGAAAAAUUGAUGUUGAGAAACUCUCUGCAAGUAUUGCUCGUCGCAUCAAACAGAUAUCUGGUUUUAGCAGAUCACUUCGUUUUGCUGCUAUUGAAAUUUGUGUGCAUUUGUCAGAAAAAUACAUUUUUAUUGGUAUACCAAUCACUCGAGAACGUUUAUCUCAGAGAUGUUAUUUGCUGAAGAAUUCACUGCGUUCAACUGUUAUAGAUGCAAUGUUAUCUAUGGCUAACAUUCAAGAUGGUGACAUUGUUGCCGAUCUGACAUGUGGUUCUUCUUCCAUCUUGUUGCAGGCUGCACAUGAUUUCCAGGAUAGGGGAAGCUAUAUUUUCAGUUUCUUGAAAGAAACAUUAAAUUAA